AUGUAUAUAUAUCUUUCUCUAAUAACAAUCUUAAUUUGUUCAUCCGAUAUUCUAUGUCAACGUUCAUCACCAUUACAAGUUGAAAAAGAUACAGCAGUUUAUGAUUUACUUCAAAAUUAUCAUCAUUAUACGGAACUUGAUCGUCUUUUAAAUCAAUGGGCAGCUAAUUAUUCGAAAAUUGCUGAAGUAUUCAGUGUAGGUAAAAGUUUUACUGGUCGAGAUUUAUUGACUAUGCAUCUAACAUCUCCACUUACUACUGACAUUGAAAAAGAACAAGAUGAAAAUCAAUUAUUAAAACCAAAAUUUAAAUGGAUUGCAAAUAUGCAUGGUGAUGAAACUAUAGGACGUGAAAUGAUGAUUGCUUUGAUAUAUCAUUUAUUACUUAAUUCUCAAUCGAAUACACGUAUAGCUCGUUUAUUAUCUACAACAGAUAUUUAUAUCAUGCCUAGUAUGAAUCCGGAUGGUUUUGAAAGUUCUGCUGAAGGUGUAUGUGAUAGUCGUAGUUUACACGGUCGUGGUAAUACAAAGAAUAUUGAUCUUAAUCGAGAUUUUCCAUCACCAUUUACACCACUUAAACAAUGGAAAAAUGGUUCUACUGCUGAUCUUUUUUAUGGAAGACAACCAGAAACAAUUGCUGUUAUGAAAUGGAUUCUAAAAGAAAAUUUUGUUCUUAGUGCUAAUUUACAUGGUGGUUCAGUUGUUGCAUCAUAUCCAUAUGAUGAAACCGCAUAUCAUACUGCUAAUACAUAUGGCGAAUCACCAGAUGAUUCAUUAUUUCGAUAUAUAGCACGUACUUAUGCUACUAAACAUUUAACAAUGAGUAAAAGCGAUGGAUGUGGUGAGAAAUUUGCUGAAGGAAUAACAAAUGGUGCCAAAUGGUAUGAUGUACCAGGUGGUAUGCAAGAUUUUAAUUAUUUACAUAGUAAUGCAUUUGAAAUAACAUUGGAAUUAAGUUGCUGUAAAUAUCCAUCAGCAGGUGAUGGUACUCUUAAAACUGAAUGGGAUAAUAAUAAAGAAGCAUUACUUGCAUAUAUGGAAAUGAGUCAUCUUGGUGUUAAAGGUUUUAUUCGUGAUGCUGAAACACGAACUGGUAUUUCAGGUGCAUUAAUUCAAGCUGAAGGUAUUCUUCAUCCAAUUCGUAGUGUUAAACAUGGUGCCUAUUGGCGUUUAUUAUUACCUGGUUUACAUAAUAUAACAAUAACAGCAGCUGGAUAUUUACCACAAACGAAAUUCAAUGUCAAUGUAACCAAUGAAAAUUCAACAAGUGCUCUUCGUCUUGAUUUUAAUUUACAACCAAUUGCUCAUAAUACAUCAUCAUCAACAACAACAACUAAGGAUGUUUCCUCAACCAAUGAUGUUUAUAAUUUAUUAUCAAAUUAUGCUGACAAAUUAAUGAAUAAUUCACGUGAUGAUGUUCUUAAAGCUUUAGUUGAUCCACAAUAUAAGCCUGUUUAUCAUAAUUAUCAGUCAAUGGUUGAAAAAUUAAAAGAAUUAAAUAAUAAAUAUCCGAAUAUAACAAGUUUAUAUACAAUUGGUAAAAGUAAUGAACAACGUGAUCUUUGGGUUAUGAUUGUUAGUGAUCAACCACUUACACAUGAACCAGGUGAGCCCGAAGUUAAAUAUAUUGGAAAUAUACAUGGUGAUGAAAGUGUUGGACGUGAAUGUUUAAUUCUUUUUAUUGAAUAUUUAUGUAUUAAUUACGGUCAAAAUGAAUAUAUUACUCAUCUUGUUAAUAAUGUUCGUAUUCAUAUUAUGCCAACUAUGAAUCCAGAUGGUUUUGAAUAUGAAUAUAAACAAACAGUACAUGCUCAAGGAAUACAUGCUCCAGGACAAGGUCGUUUGAAUGCAAAUAAAAUUGAUUUAAAUCGAAAUUUUCCAAAAAUUGAACUUGAACAUGUUACAAAUGAAAAUCAAAAUGAUAUUGCUAUACCAAAACAAAAUGUAGAUAAUGGUGGAUAUCGUUUAGAUAAAUUAACUAAUUCAGAACAACAUCUUGAACCCGAAGUUCGUGCUGCUAUGCAUUGGUCAAUUAUAUAUCCAUUUGUUUUAUCAGGAAAUUUACAUGGUGGUGCUCUUGUUGCUAAUUAUCCAUAUGAUAAUCGAGUAGUUGGUUCUUCUACUAAAGAAAGUAAAUCACCUGAUGAUAAAACAUUUCAAAUGUUAGCUAAAGCUUAUUCACAUGCUCACCCUAAAAUGUAUAAAGGUGAUUCAUGUAUUAAAUUUAGUGAUGGAAUAACUAAUGGUGCUGCAUGGUAUGUUGUUGAUGGUGGUAUGCAAGAUUGGUCAUAUGCAUAUACAUCUGAUAUGGAAGUAACAAUUGAAUUAGGUUGUACCAAAUAUCCUGAUGAAGCAGAUCUAAAAUCUUAUUGGGAUGAUAAUAAAGGAGCUUUAUUAGCUUAUAUCACUCAAGUUGUUCAUGGUAUUCGUGGUUUUGCAUUCGAUUCAAAAACUAAAAUACCUUUAUCAGGUGUUGUUAUUCAUGUUCAUGGUAAUCAACAUAAUGUGACUACAUAUCGUGAUGGUGAUUUUUUCCGUUUAAUAACACCCGGUGUAUAUGACAUAACAGCUGAACGUAUUGGAUAUCAAUCCGAAACAAAACAAAAUAUACUUGUUGGUAGUCAAUCAUCAACAUAUGUUGAAUUUAAAUUAAAACGUAAAGAUUCUUCCAAUGAUAGCGAUAAACAAGGACCAUUUUCAACAUUUGUUGAUUCAACAUCAACAAAUAUUAAAACAAUUUAUCGUCAAGUUAAAGAAUUUGUUCUUUAUCGAACACUCUUUCUUAUUAUUUCUGGAAUAUGUGCCUUAGUAUUAGCUAUUAUAUUUGCUAUGGUUGUGAUAUAUUUAAAAUGUUGUCAAGGAUCAACAUCACGCUCUCAUACUGGUUUUCAACGAUAUGAACCUUUAGUUCAAGAUGAGAAUGACUUACCUAGAAUAGAACGUGUUCAAGGAAGAAAAAAUCAUCCUAUGGCAAGUGAUUCAGAUGAUGAAGAUAAUGAAACAUUAUUUUCAUCUAAAAUGAAUAAAUCAAUGAUUCCUUAA